UCCCUGAAUUCCGAGCUGCUGUUCCACUAAAUCAAACUACAGCAGAGUUCCCUUUAGUCUACAGGAGCGGAGUGGAAGUAGUAGACACCGCAGCUGAGAGUUCACAGCCAUUUACAAACAUUUUAAACAGGUAGAUAUACAAACCAACAAACUAAAAAGUCUCAAGACAGUUUCUUAUUUUUGAGCAUAUGUGCAAUGAGGUUGAGAGUCAUAACAUAGAAAAAGAAGCCCUGGAACGUAUCUAUUUAAAUAUCGACUGAGAAGAUACGGGAAAACUACAAGUUGUGGAAAGCCUUCGAUGAAAAAUGGAGCGUCCCAGAAAAAAGAAAAAAAGAUUCCUCAAAGUACAAAAUGAGAAGCUUUGUGAUGAGAAUGAUGCUCUGAAAACACAGGUUACUUCAUUUCGUACAGGAUAUGAGAACCUACACCUUAAAAACCAGGAGCUGACAGCUGCAGUGCAGGACUUGGAGUCAGUGAAAACCUCAUUGAUACAAGAAACUCAGGAGCUCCGGGAAAAACUGGAGCAAAAAGAUCAGCAACUUCAACAACAAGCCCAGUAUCUCCAAAAUGCAGAGGAAAAAGUGAGUAGUUUAAAGCAUGAGAAUGACAUACAGAGUGAGAUGAAUACCUUUCUAAAAUCAACGAUCGUAGCCUUAAAGACUGAAGUCAAACCGCUUAACUCCAAGUGGUCUCAGAAGGAGGGAGAAGUGAGAAUUGAAGAGGAAACUCUGAAUCAAGAGACCCAGAAGGUUCAAAGGUUUCUGGCUAUUGUUAAAGACUUGGAGAGGCAGACUGAUGAGUUUAGGGCUCAAAUAGAGUUGUUGCAACAAGACAAUGAGGACCUAAAUGAAAAAGUGACCGACAUCAACAAACAAUUGGCCGACAACAACCAAGCAUUGGAACACAAAGAUCAGCAACUACAACAACAAGCCAAUGAUCUCCAAAAUGCUUGGGAAACAAUGAGGAAUUUUGAACAGGAGAGUAAAAUGCAGAGAGAAUUAAGUAACGUCCUUAAAUCACAGAACUUUGCCUUGAAGGCUGAAGUCAAACAGCUUAACUUAAAGCGGUCUCAGAACGAAGAAGAAAUUACAAUUCUAGAGGAAACUCUUAACCAUGAGACCCAACAGGUUCAAAGGUUUCUGACUAGUCUCAAAGACUUAGAGAGGCAGAAUCAUGAGUUUAGCGCUCAAAUAGAGUUGCUGCAACAAGAAAAAAAGGAAUUGUGUGAAAAGGUGGCCGAAAUCAACAAACAAUUGGCCGACAACAACCAAGCUUUGGAACACAAAGAUGAGGAACUCCAACAAAAAACCAAUGAUCUCCAAAAUGCUAGGGAAACAAUGAGGAGUUUUGAGGAUGAGACUAAAAUGCAGACCGAGUUAAGUGACGUCCUUAAAUCACAGAACAUUGCCUUGAAGGCUGAAGUCAAACAGCUUAACUUCAACCGGUCUCAGAACGAGGAGAAAAUGGCGAUUGUAGAGGAAACUUUGAACCAAGAGACCAAGAAGGUUCAAAGGUUUCUGACUAGUCUCAAAGACUUAGAGAGGCACAAUCAUGAGUUUAGCGCUCAAAUAGAGUUGCUGCAACAAGAGAACGAGGAAUUGUGUGAAAAGGUGACCAAAAUCAACAAACAAUUGGCCGACAGCAAACAAGCUUUGGAACACAAAGAUGAGCAACUUCAACAAAAAACCAACAACCUCCAAAAUGCUUGGGAAACAGUAAGGAGUUUUGAACAUGAGACUAAAAUGCAGACUGAGUUAAGUGACUUCCUGAAAUCACAGAACAUUGCCUUGAAGGCUGAAGUCAAACAGCUUAACUUUAACCGGUCUCAGAACGAGGAGAAGAUGGCAAUUCUAGAGGAAACUUUGAACCAAGAGACCCAAAGGUUUCUGACUAGUCUCAAAGACUUAGAAAGGCAGAAUCAUGAGUUUAGGGCUCAAACAGAGUUGCUGAAACAAGAGAACGAGGACUUGCAUAAAGAGGUUACUGAGAUUAGGAAAAAAAAUUUAAGUAUAAACGACAAGCAACAUGAUCAGCGAGAUCAGGAAGUCCAAAUACAAGGGGCACUUAGCGAGUUUCCCGACCUGCAGAACCAGCAGCAACAAAUCCAGAACUUUAAAGUAAUCGCUGAUGAUAUGCAAGAGUCCUUAUGUAGAGUACAUCUGAACCAGAGCAUGCAGGAAACCCAGAGUAAGCCACUAACACCUAUACUCCAAGGAGUCAAGCGAACGUUUCUGACGAUGUACAAAGAAGGAACAAUCAGAUACUGGGUUCCAUUGUGGAUUUUCUAAAUCCUCCAAACACAGAUACAAAAUCAUUCAUCUGUAGCCACCCUGGGUUUCCCUUUAGUGCAAGACUUCCAUCCAAACAUCGGAUACUGAUAGAAAUGUUAUUUUUUUCCCUUUUUGAAAUCCAUUAAAAGAAUCAAAAAUAUGUGAGUCAAUAUGAAUUUGUUACAUGUAUACAUCAUUUAAAAUUUCAUAGAACUUUAAAUUUGGAUACUGUCUAUAUGAGAUUUUGGACUGUAAACAUAACUCGGGAAAGAAUGUGCUAACUUCAAUCAUACGUCUUUGUUGUAUCACUUUGCUUUGAGUGAAUUUGGUGAUGCGCACAUGUAGCGGCUAAAUUCAGCUUUUGCUUUGAAGACUUGCAAGACAUUUAGCUGUUACUACUCAUAUUUUGACUCACAUUGCUGCUUAAUUGUGUGUUGUAACUUUACGUUUGUAUGUUCUCCGUGUGAAUGUGUGGGUUCUCUCUGGGUACUCCGGCUUCCUCCCACAGUCCAAAAGAGUUAAGCCAAUUGGUUUCUCCAAAUUGCUGCUC